AUGGCGACGAGGACGCCUCCAUCCCCUUUACCUAUCCUGGUCAACAUCCUACAAUCUCACACAAGGACCCCAGAAGAAGGUUACGAAGUCCUGCAAGCCUACCAAAUGUUCGUUGACUACGCCUCACAAUGCCGCACUGAUGAUGCCUUUGUAGCUCUCCUCGACGCCACUGGCAUACCUGAAGAAUGGCACGACCUCCGUAGCUGGCUCCAUACGCAACAUCCUGAUACCAACACUCUUGAAAGAUUCCCCUCCCACUACGACGUCGCCACCGAACUCAUCCGCAACCUACCCGAACACGACCGUCUAACGCUAGUGACAACCUCUAAGAGCUAUUGUUAUCACGUUGGCGAGCAGACAGGUUUUACGCUGAGAACUCUCAUUCGACACGGAGGCUUCAAAGAGCUAUUGAAAUACAUCAUAAAACUGCAGCCACGAUGUGCAGUGCAGACCAAGGAAAAAGAAAAAGAAAUAGAGAUAGCCAUACACCGAGAUCGGGAAACACAUUUCAUCGAAGCGAUACGCAAACAAACUGAUACUGUAGACCCGGAUAAGAUUAAAAAUACGCUGGCUGUGUUCUCGGAACUCUCAGUGCGUGCGGCUGCUUUCCUCCAAAAGAGUGACUUCACGGUUACGCAGGAAACUGUCCACGAAUUUUCCAUGGAUUCAAUCAUGUACACCCGUUCUAUCGUAUCAGAGCCUUUCAGCAUGGUUCCACUGGCCGAGAGGUGCGAUUUGGCGCGCCUCGACGUAGCAGUAUUGGCACGCGCACUGUUGCACCAAGCACUCGCCAUCGCGAAGGCAACUCCUGUACGGCAGGAAUUAGCCUGGCGUCUCCAUCACUGGAUGGCGCAUUGCGUGAAGGAUGCCUUCAGGCUUGAAGUCCAUAGCCACUUCCGCUACUUCGAUAUUGGAAAUGCAGUGACCGAAAUGAUGCGCAGUCCAUUCCGAUGGCAAGGUUUCUUCGCUGCUAAUCCGACGCCGCUUGCUAAUUUCGUUCCUCACGGUUGGGAAGACCAGGAUGGGGACCAUUUCUCAUAUGGUGAGCUGACUAUCCCGCCGCUCGAGGAGGAGGAGGAUGAGCCUUGGUCCAUGGAGGACGUGGAUAGGGAGCCGGAUAGUCCGCGACGGAGUGCGCGCAUCUGCUCUUCACCGCCUAUCAUUGACGACGACGAGAUGGACGAAGAGUUGGACGAUGAGUUGGACGAGGAGAUGGACGAAGAGGUGUACGAGGUGGACGAAGAAGUGAACGAGUGGGUGAACGAGCGGGUGAGCCAGUGGGUGAACGAGCGGACCGACGAGGAAAUGAACGAGGACAUGGACGAAGAGGUGAACGAGGACAUGGACUGA